UUGAUGUACUUCAGAGCUUCUAACAGAGUUAGGGCUUCCAGCUGAGCAGCUGAAGCCGCCCGAACUGUUUUGGUGAAACCGUCCACAAGGCAGCCUGAGAAGUCGCGGACGAUGCAGGAUAUCGCGCCUUCCCUCGACCCUGCACAAAUCGACCCAUCGACGUUGAUCUUCAUGGUCCCUGUCCUGGAGCUACCCAGAUUUGAGAUCUACUACUUUGCAGGCAUCCGGCUGACUUCCCCGAAAUAUAUAGUUAUUCUGCCCCUUCAAAUUUGCCAGAGGAUGUUUGAAAUCGCUUCCAAGGAAGAUCCGGGUCUGUGAAAUCUGCCUUUCCUCUAGAGCUCUGCUUGAUAAAUCUCCUACGUUGAAAGAAAAUAAAAGGUAUUUUUUUUGUCAAUCACUGCAUGAUGUACAUCCAAACAAGAAGAAGGGAAAUGAAGAGUCCCUUCUCUCCCUUUUGGUCCAACUCCUUUCUUUUCUUUUCCCUUCAUUUCCCUCUCAACUUAAAUUUUCAAACAAAGUGGAAAAGAAAAGAACCCAAUCAUUCAGAAGAUCCGAAUUCCGGGGCCUCUUCCUCAUCGACCCCUCUGCAUGGAGGACAUUACAAAGGCGGAGAAAAACAGCAGAAAGGGAAUGACUUCGAAGUGCUCUUGUGCACUCCUCAGGUAAUCAAUGACUCCUUACUCUUCUCUUCCCCUCUGUUUCCAGCUUUGGUUGCUCCAUUUUCUUCUGAUGACUUGUGUGAGAGUUUUUUUUUUUUUUUUUUUUUUUUCGAAGUAGCUCCGAAUUGAGUUCUGAUGAGUUUUUGAUCUUGGAUUAUAUAUAUGUCUGUUUUCUGUUUCCUGCUUUCUUUUGAGUCUCUGCUUCAUCAAUCUCUUUUACUCUUUGAAUUAGUAUAAUCCUCUCGAGGUGGAAAAGGCAAAACCCACUCAUUUAGAAGAUUCAAUUUACGGGGCGUUUUCCUAAUCCGCCUCUGCACAUAUUGGUGAUUAUGGAGGCAGAACCAAAAAGUCGAAAGGAAAAGGUUACGAAGUAUAUAUGAACUUUAGAGGGCGAGACACCCGUAAGGGUUUCGGUGAUUAUCACUAUACUAGCCUUGUCGAUGCAGGAGUUCACGUGUUCAGAGAUGAAGAGAUCUGUGUUGGUGCAAAGAUUGGUUUUGAUUUUCCUUCCGUUAUUGCACAGACUAAGAUCUCGAUUGUGAUUAUCUCUGAGAACUUUGCUUCCAGCUCAUGGUGCCUUAAGGAGCUAGUUCAUAUAUUAGAGUGCAGGAGAAGCAGAGGGCAACUAGUGUUGCCUAUAUAUUACAAGGUGAAACCCUUGCAAUUGAAAUAUCUUACCGGAAGAUUUAGAGGUGCUAUUGAUGCACAUAAAAGGAAAAUGGGCGAAAUGGUUGUGAAUUACUGGAUAGAAGCGCUCCGAGAAGUCACUUCGGUGAAAGGAUGGAAAUCGGAAGAAUUUGGACAUGAAGGAGAAUUGGUUAGAAGUGUUGUCAACGAAGUUAUGAUCGCGUUAAAUGGAACCAAAAGGAUUAUGAGCUCGAUAGACAAUAAUGAAGUCCCAACCAAAAAGCCGAAAGCAAAGGUGUGUGAAGUGUUCUUAAGCUUUAGGGGAAAGACACCGGUGAAGGUUUUACUAGUUAUCUCUAUACUAUCCUCGAGGAUGCAGGAAUUCACGUGUUCAAGGAAGACAAUGACCUCCGUGAUGGUGAGCAGAUUGGUUUGGAGCUUCUCGGCAGCAUUAUGCAAUCAAAGAUUGCGAUCCCAAUUAUCUCAGAGAAUUAUGCUUCCAGCCAAUGGUGCCUUCGUGAGCUGACUUUGAUGUUGAAUUGCAUGAGAAGUGGAGACCAAAAGGUGUUUCCCAUAUUUUACAAAGUGGAAGUCUGGCAGGUGCGAAAUCUUGGAGGGAGAUACGGAGAUGCUUUUAAUAAGUGGAAAAAGAAUUUGGG